AUGGAUGACAAACAAGGCCAGCCAGUCCACACAUACGCAGACAUUGAAGAGCGAGGAUUCUCACUAAAAAGACCAAUAAAAAAAUCAAAACUCAGCAAGGCCCGCGUCAAGACCGCCAUCAAGAGCCUGGUGGCCAAGGGGACUCUGGUCCAGAUCAAGGGGAUCGGGGCCUCUGGCUCCUUCAAGAUGAGCAAGACCACCGCCGACAAACCGGCAAAGAAAGCCGCUCCUAAAGCCAAGAAGCCCGCAGUGAAGAAACCCGUAGCGGCCAAAAAGCCCAAAGCAGCGGCAGUUAAGAAAGUUGUAGCCGCUAAGAAGUCACCAAAGAAGGCCACGAAACCUGCAGCGGCCAAAAAUGUGGCCAAGAGCCCCAAGAAGGUGGCCAAGAGCCCCAAGAAGGUGGCCAAGAGCUCCAAGAAGGUAGCCAAGAGCCCCAAGAAGGUGGUGAAAAAGGCCCCCGCAGCCAAGAAAGCCCCUGUGAAGAAGGCUGCUAAGCCCAAGGCCAAGAAGGCAGCACCCAAGAAGAAGUGAGCUGAAAUCAUUCUGAAGAACCAACACCUCUAAAAAAAAGGCUCUUUUAAGAGCCACACAAUCCAUCCUUAAAGAGCUUUUCUUUCAUUCAUAAAAUGAAUAGUACUAGAUUUUAA